AGAGAGAGAAAGUUAGAGAGAGAAACAAACCCUAAUUUUGUUACUGUUGCUGUUGUUGUUCUUCUUCUUCUGCAAAGGAAUCCCAAUUCAGACCCAAUUUGAAGGCUUUAGGAUUCAAUUAGGGAAAUUUGAGAACCCUAAAUUCGUUCCCGAAAACGGCGUUUGAAGAUGAUUGUGAGCCAGAACAUGGUAGCGGAAGCGGAGAUUAUCUGUAAGCAGAGUAUUCCGAUGCUGGACAUGAAGUAUCAUCUGUGCGUGACGCAAGAACAAAACGUUAAGAUUGAGGUCUCACCAACCUCUCCUUCUGUCCCCAUAUUUGGUCAAGGUGCAUGCUCUGAGGUUCAAGAUUCCAUUUUGGAGACUCCUGUGAUUGAGUUUGUUCCAAAUGUGCGUUCUGGUAGCUUUGCAGAGAUUGGACCACGCAUAUCUAUGGAUGAUGAACACAUUAGGAUAGAUGAUCUAGCUGGCCACCUUGGAUUUGUGUUCAAGUGUCCAAUACCGAGUGCAUUUUAUGCAGUUUUUGAUGGGCAUGGAGGGCCUGAAGCAGCUGCUUUUGUUAAGAGGAAUGCUAUGAGGUUAUUUUUUGAAGAUGCUCAUAUGCUUCAAUCAUAUGACACCGAUUCACUUUUUCUGAAGAAAUUGGAAGACACUCAUCGGAGAGCUUUUAUACGGGCAGACCUCGCCUUGGCUGAUGAACAGAGUGUUAGUAGUUCAUGUGGGACUACAGCAUUGACUGCCCUUAUACUUGGAAAUCAUUUGCUGGUUGCCAAUGCUGGAGACUGUCGAGCAGUUCUUUGCAGGAGAGGUACAGCUGUAGAGAUGUCUCAAGAUCAUAGGCCAAGUUAUUUGCCGGAAAGGAGGAGAGUGGAGGAAUUGGGGGCCUUCAUUGAUGAUGGAUAUCUUAAUGGCUAUCUUUCGGUAACUCGUGCCCUGGGUGAUUGGGACUUCAAGUUUCCACUUGGUAUUGCAUCCCCUCUUAUAGCAGAGCCAGAUGUUCAACUGGUUACUUUGACCGAAGAGGAUGAGUUCUUAAUCAUUGGGUGUGACGGGAUCUGGGAUGUUAUGUCCAGCCAAGUUGCCGUUAGCCUUGUUCGUCGCGGAUUAAGAAGGCAUGACGACCCACAGCAAAGUGCCCGGGAACUGGUGAAGGAAGCAUUGCGCCUAAAUACAUCAGACAAUCUCACUGUGAUUGUCAUAUGCUUGUCCCCUGUACAAAGCAUUGUUGAGUCAUGUUCUUCGCCCUGGAGAAGAAGAUUCAAGGCUUGUAACCUGUCUGAAGAGACCCGAAAUAGAUUGAAAAGCUUGUCAGAUUAAAAAGUGGGAUUGUAAAUUGCAAUUCUAAUGAUUCAGAAAUGUUCCUUUCAUUUGAAGAUUAAUCUGUUUUUUAGGCUUUCAGAGUUAAAAAAAAAGAAAAGAAAAAAAAGAAAAAGGCAACCAGCAGUUUUGUAGGGAUAGAAAGGGAUAUUUGGUGGAGUUAGGGGGGAGACCUAUUUAAUUGGGAGUUGUUCUGAUUUUCCAGUUUAUGUUGGUACAUGAAGAGACAAGUGUAACUAAUUUUGGCGGAGUAGGAAGGGUCCCUCGUCAUCGUUGUUUUGAUUUUUUAGCCCCUUGCCUUGUUAAUGCUUUUUGGUGUAAAUAAGAUAUGAGCUAGACUUAUCAUCAUUCAGCAAUGCUUUGCUCUUUG